GAAGUCCUCUUGCUUCCUACUUCAAGGUGAUCCGCUCGAUCUCAUGAUAUGCUUUGUCAUGAUCCCGCUGGCUGUUCGUUGCUCGGAGCUUGUCCCUACUCCCCACCGCGGUAGAAAGUGCCUCCUGACAGCAAUUCUCGUCAGUGAUUGAGAAAUAAGGUGAGGCUAGGUCAUUGGGCAAGUCCGCGCUAGGCACAAGGGCGAUGAGCGGUAAUAUGGUUGGUCGACUUAUAUCCGCACCAGCCAGUGCAUUUGGCGGUAAUCUACUUACACGCAGUAGCUUCUACAUCUUCUACAUCUCAAGGGCACUGAUAGGUCGCAGGCUGUCGUCCGCGUGCAGAAUUGAGGGAGGUAUAGGCAUUCGUCCGAAGCCAUCCGCCAGGUGUCAGGGUUUAAUCUGGUCAACUUAUAGUCAUUGCUCACACUUCCUCCCACUUCUCGGCAUUAUGAUUAUGGCUUUUGCAUAGUAAUUCCGCAUCCUACAUGUGGAGCCAACUACAGUGGACAGUACUUGUUAUGCGUCAAAACAGACUCCCAUAUACUAUUUGGUGUCUUUUAUGUUCUCACAAUGUGCCUUAGAAUAGCUUCUUAUCGUCAGUUUGAUGAUUGCGAAGGCUCCUAGUCGUACUUAUAGGAGCUUCGACGAGUCGGUGUGCGGGGCAUCUCCCACCUAACGGUCUUGCUUCUAAUCCAGAAUCCCAAGACAACGAACUCGACGGAGCACUGAUGGAUCCUCUACCUGCCUUAGACAAUAUCUUCGGGGCCAUAUUCGUGGGCUACAGCCUUGGACUAGCAGUAUACGGGUCGAACCUUCAGCAAUCAUACCGAUACUUUCGACUCCAUUCAGCUGAUCGCUGGUCGUUGAAGGCGGUGGUCGUAUUACUGCUUGUCCUGGACACAGUCCAUAUGGGGACAAUCGCGCAGAUAUUGUACCACUACUUAAUCUCCAGCUUCUUUGAUCCUUUUGCGCUGCUGACCAGGAACUGGUGUACAUUGACCAUGCCGCUCUUCUUCGACGCAACCGUCGUCGUGGCCCAAGGGUUCUAUGUCCGGCGAAUUUACACGAUGAAUCGCGGCUACCGCCCUAUUCUGCUCCUCAUUGUCGUAUUGAUGCUGGUAGAGUCGAGCCUUGCCAUAGCAUCCACCAAAGUGGCGUUUGGUCUCGCGCCUCUGUAUUCUCCAGAUCUACAGCUGUCAUUGUGGCAGCGACUCAACCUCGUGGGCAUAGCAAUAGCUGUCCUAACCGACCUACUCCUUGCGAGUACCCUAGUGUAUAUUUUGCGUAGAGCGCGCACAGAGUUUAACAACACAAAUUCGCUACUCGAUACGCUCAUCGUCUACACUGUGAACACCUGUGUCUUGACUGGCGGCUUUCUCGUGCUUGGCUUGAUCUUCCUAGCUGCCUUUCCAGAAACCGACAUUUUCCUCGGAUUCCUCAUACCGGGUGCAAGGACGUACACAGCCUCCGUUCUAGCAGUUCUAAACUCCAGGAAGUCGCUGUCUGAGCGUAUCAUGAAGACAAAUGAUGCCGGAACGUUCGGAUUGGUAAGCUUCAGAACGCCCAAAUUAUCUGGAGGAGCCAUCAUUUCGCCUGAUUCUGGUGAGAACCUGGUCCAUCGCACCUCUUCCAUACACUUCCAAAACCUGGACUUUGUCACAACGGGCACCGAAUUCAGGGAUUCAACGGGAGGGAACCAGAGCGUCACCGAUGUAUUCGUGAGCUGAGAGCUGAGCGGCGGUGGCAGUCGUGGCAUCUGAGUCCCGCCCUUCAGCGGUACAGAAAGACUCACUUUCUCCGUGUAUCUC